CUGGGGGAGUGCUCCUCCUCCUCCAGCUGUGUUUUGAGUGGGACCCAUUCUCAGGUGCCUGGCUCUCCCCGUGCAUUGCAUCGGGAGGCUGGGUGCCUGACUCCAGGCUGUGGAUUCCACUAAGUGGUGGAACACCUGAAGUUCGGCUUUGCAAUGCUGGGCGUAGUUCCCCUCCGUGGAUCUGGCCCAGCAGUUAGGGUGCUCACCUGGGAGAGGUGUGGACAUAAUGUACUUUGACUCCUGGCAGGCAUUUGCCUUGGUCCCAUGUGACACUGGGAGUAAAAAAUCAGCACUGUGCAAAAUCACUGUAACUGCUAUUGAAUCCGUUCAAAGCUCUCCUACUGAUAGGUGUGCAAAAGCAAGUGUAAACGGGGAGUUGUCAUCCAAUGGUGUGUUUUUAGUGGGCUCCGCAGGGAUCUGCUCUCGACUCAGUGCUGCUCCAUAGCUUUAUCAGUGAUCUGGAAGUAAAUAUAAAAUCACUGCCGGUAAGAUUUGCAUAUGACCCAAAGACUGGUGCCAUGGUGAAUAGUGAUGGGGACAGGUCAGUUACCCAGAGCGAUCUGGCUCCCUUGGUGAGUUGGGCUCAUUGGAACAACAUUACUACAGCGACAUGCAAGGUCAUACACCUGGGAACGAAGACAGCAGGUCAUGUGUUCAGAGCGGGGAGCUGGAUCCUGGACAUUAGUGACUGACCAGUACUCAGGAGUCAUGGGGGAAGGCAGCUAAACAUCAGCUCCCAGUGCAAGGCUUCUGUGACCCUCGGUCAUUUGCAGAAAUACGGCUGUGGAUGCAGUUGGAACAGGGAGGUGGUAUUUUCACUUUGGGUACAGCAUUGGCGAGAUCAUUCCUGGAUCCUGCUCACACUUUGGAUGCUGAAAAAACUGGAAAGGGUUCAGAGAAGAGCCGAGGAAUGAUCUGAGGUUUGGCAGGAUUGGCCUAAGCUCCCUUUCUUUAGCUUAGCUAAAAGAUGGGUAGGAGGAGACGUGAUCAUGGGCUACACGUACCUCCCUGGGAAGAGAUUUCGUAUAGCAGACGGCUCUUUAAUCUAGCAGAAAAAGGCAGAACCAGAUCCAGUGGCUGGAAGCUGGAGCUGACUAGAAAGAAGAUACCUUUUUUUAACGGGGAUGGAGGAAGGUGUCAUUAACCAAAGGGGCAGCGUAACCUAGGACAUGGUAGCUUCUCCAUCACUUGAAGUCUUGCAGUCAAGACAGGUCUGCAUAGCUCAGCCAGACGUGAUGGGCUGGAUGCAGGAGUCCCCGGGUGCACGUCUGGGGCUGUGUUCUGCAGGCUCAGAGGGCUCUGCAGGAGGGGUAGGGGAGGCAGGCCCAGCAGGUGACGUGGGACUAACUCCCUUCUCCCGGCAGGGUGGCUCCUUGGGCAAAGGCACGUCCCUGAAAGGCGGUUCCGAUGCCGACCUCGUGGUGUUCCUCAGCUGCUUCAAAGGGUACAGCGAUCAGGAGACGAACCGGGCAGGGAUCAUCAAGGAGAUCGAGAGGAUGCUGGAGAAGUGCCAGCAGCAGAAGCACUUUGAGGUGUUCAUUGAGCAGUCCCGGUGGCCGAACCCCCGGGUGCUGAGCUUCAUGAUGAGUUCCAAGACCCUCAAUGAAUCCAUAGAGUUCGACGUGCUGCCAGCCUACAACGCCCUGUCCUUGGGUGCCAAGCCUCCCUCCCAGGUGUACGAGGAGCUGAUCCAGAGCUGCUCCCGGGGGGGCGAGUUCUCCACCUGCUUCACCGAGCUGCAGCGGGAUUUCGUGGUGGAUCGCCGCACCAAAGUGAAAAGCCUGAUCCGCCUGGUGAAAUACUGGUACAAGCAGCAUGUCCGUCCAUACAAAGAGUACCUGGAAAAGGGGGAGUCCCUGCCCCCCCAGUACGCGCUGGAGCUCCUGUCUGUCUACGCCUGGGAGCAGGGCAGCAGGGAUCGGGCCUUCAACAUGGCCGAGGGCUUCCGGACGGUGCUGGAGCUGAUCCGGCAGUACAAGCAUCUCUGUGUCUAUUGGACCAUCAACUACAACUUUGCAGACGAGGUCCUGGCAGGGUUCCUGCAGCAUCAGCUCCAGAAAGCCAGGCCCAUCAUCCUGGACCCAGCGGAUCCGACAGGGAUCGUGGGGGAGGGGAGCCGCUGGGACCUGGUGGCACAGGAGGCUGAGCGCUGCUGUCACCAGCAAUGCUGCAUGGACCUCUACGGCGUUCCUGUGCAGCCCUGGGACGUGCCGCCUGAGCAAACCCCCAAAGGGAGCAGGGGCUUUGAGAUCCACACUGGAGCACAAGAACAUCCGGCCUCAGCACCUCAGCCUGGGCCAGCCUACACCAGCGCCUGCACCAGUAACCAAGCCAUGGCCAUCCAGCAGCCGUCCCUCUGCACCAUCCUCUGCCCUUCCGACAACAACAGGAUGGCGCGUCCUCCUCUAGCAAUGGAGAGCAGCGCGGCCUCUCUCUGGCAGCAAGGAAAUGAAAGGAGGCGAGGCCUCUGUGCAGCAACCUACCCUCUGCAGCUGCUGUUCCCCUCCCCACCCAGGGCCAGUUACAGUCCGGAAGGCGCAAGAGACAGUCCCACUCUGCCAGGGGCACACAGGCUAGUCCCUGUUGUUGUCUCCUCACCACCACCAAUCAUGGGGCUCUACCAGACGCCAGCUGAGGAACUCGAUACGUUCAUCAGCAACGACCUGCAGCCCAACAGAGUUUUCAAGACCCAGAUCAGCACAGCCAUUCACACCAUCUUCCUAUUUCUGACCCAAAACUGCUUCAGAAACUCCGGCUCUGCAAUGCGGGUGCUGAAGGUGGUUAAGGCUGGCUCGUCGGGGAAGGGCACGGCCCUGAAAGACGUCUCCGAUGUGGACCUCGUCGUGUUUGUCAGCUUGAUUACAGAUUUCCGGGCCCUGAAAGCAGAACGGAAAAAAAUCAUUGAUGAAAUCCAGACAAGGCUGGAGGAGUGCAGAGAGUCCCUGGGAACAGACCUAGUGCUGAGCAUUAAGAAAACAAAGUGGGAGAACCCCCGUGUGCUCACUUUUACCCUAACAUCUAGAACCACGGACGAACAUAUUGAUUUUGACGUGCUGCCGGCUUUCGACGCUCUAGGCCAGCUGUACAGAGGCUAUAAACCUGCCCCCGAGGUGUACAUCAGUCUGACAAAGAGCGAUCCCGAAGGGAGCGAGUUCUCCCCCUGCUUCACCGAGCUGCAGAGGAAUUUCAUCAUGGCUCUGCCCACCAAACUCAAGAGUCUGAUCCGCCUGGUGAAACGCUGGUACAAACAGUACGUCCUUCCCCACAAACAGGAGCUGGGGAAGGGGGAGUCCCUGCCCCCCCAGUACGCGCUGGAGCUCCUGUCUGUCUACGCCUGGGAGCAGGACAGCAGGGAUCCAGCCUUCAACAUGGCCGAGGGCUUCCGGACGGUGCUGGAGCUGAUCCGGCAGUACAAGCAUCUCUGUGUCUACUGGACCAUCAACUACGGCUUUGAGAAUGAAACCCUGAGAUGGUACCUGGAGUCUCAGCUCCGCAAACCCAGGCCCAUCAUCCUGGACCCGGCGGAUCCAACAGGCAUCGUGGGGCAGGGGAGCUGCUGGGACCUGGCUGCACAGGAGGCUGAGCACUGCUGUGCCCAGAAAUGCUGCCGGAAGCGCAAUGGAUCCGCGGUUCAGCCCUGGCAUGUGCCGCUGCAGCAGCCCCGGAUUGCAGCUGAAGGUGAUGUCGUCCUGCAGUCUCGGACUACGGAUGACGAAUACCCCAUCACUGAGAACCGGAUGUUUGCACAGGAUGCAGAGCCGGAAUCCUACUGCACUCUCCUCUGACAGCUGCCUCUCAACGCCCCACCCCAUCAGGAGCCCUCCCUGGGGCAGGGUGGGCAUUACUUGGGGGGUGGGGGUCUCUCCCUGCUCUGCAACUUCCUCCUUUCAGAAAAUGGCCCCUGGGGCCGGUUGAGGACCAGCCCUGGUGGGACGUGACCAAUCAGCUCGUGCUCUGUGCUCCCCCAGCUCCCUUCCCCAUCCCUGCUCUCUCUGGGGCUUGGCUGCAGUGACAGCCAGAGCCCCCGUCUAGACCCCUGCAUCCCUCCUGCCCCAGUAACAGCAGGCAGCACCCCCCAGGCCACCCCCUCCUGAGUGUGAUGGAGAGCACAGCGGGAGCCGGGCCUAUAAUAAUGAUCCCCUGUUGUGAGCACCAGGCUCUGUCUCCGGCCAAGGGAUCCCCUGCCUGUGACCCUGGUUAUUGCCUUGGCUGCCUGCUCGGGGCUUGGCACCCCUCCCUGUCCGGCACUGGGUGAGAGGAGCAAGGCCUUCUGGGUGGCACUAGCGCUGCUCCAGCGGGGCCAGGCGUGGAGGGGACGUCAAGGGGUUCAGAGCCCGGCUCAGGAAGGGAACACGGCUCACGUUUGCUCCUUGACACGCUGCACCAAAGGGGUGGUGCACACGGGAGACUGGCAGCCAUAGCUGCCCCCUGCCUUCUGCUCCUCUCCCAGCAUGCACCCUGGUGCCUCACUUCUCCUUCCCCCCACCUCUGGUGCAGGGGACCCGGGAAGGGGUGGGGCGGAAUUGCUCUGGCUGGCUCUGCGUGAUGGGCACCGUGAUCUCCGAGUGUUUCCCUUGCCAGCCGCAGGGGACUGGUUCCAGGGGGUGUCAAGCUGUGACGUGGUUUCUCCUGCCUGGGGGUAUUUGCCCUUCCUGUUGCUUGCUGAGAUAUGUGCCCUUUGGGGGUAUGUUUGAAGGGUGGCUGGUGGGGAACCACACACCCAAUGGGGCAAAUCCCCCUUGAGUGAAACACGGGGUUUGAGCAUUGGCCUGCUAAACCCAGGAUUGUGAGUUCAAUCCUUGAGGGGGCCAUUUAGGGAACAGGGGUAAAAAAAACAAACCAAAAAAACCCCACCUGUCUGGGGAUUUGUCCUGCUUGGAGCAGGGGGUUGGACUAGAUACCUCUUGGGGUCCCUUCCAACCCUGAGGUUCUAUGAUUCUAUGGGUCCCGCUGGGUUUCUAUUGGCUGGGAGGGGGUUAGUCUGUCCUGCCCCACAGGGACAUGUUUCCGAGUGUGCUGGGGAAGAUGUUUGCAGGGAGAGUUUAUCCUGGAAUGUCCCCUUGGACACAGCUGGGAUUUAGUGUCAAACACGUCAUUUAUUCCCAUGAACCCAGCCAAUCCCCCCAGAAGGGAGGGGGAGCUGGGGCCUAUUGCAGCUUGGGUAUCAUCAACAGAUUGCGAGCUACAGUCAGUCCUCGUUAGCGUCACUUUAUUAGUGGUGAAUACAGCUGUGCAAUUGUUAUUCCUUUCUGUGCUUCCACCUUUAAUCUCUCGGGACUGCAGAGUCUCAGCCAGGCGGCCGUUUGGCCGUGUCAGGGGAGACGCACACCGUGCUCCCUCAUGGAGACUUUCCCUAGGUCCUGUCUUGUAUUUUUGUUGUUCUCUUAACGGAAAUAAAGGUCACUUGAAUGCUG